CAGUCGGCAGCUGAGCAUCGCGCGGCCCAAAACUGUCCUCUCGUUUUCCUUGCUUUCGCAUAUGCACACAGCAUACUGCGAUCAGUCGCUUCUCUGACCGCACGAUUCAAGUUGUUUGACUUGUUUCUCUUCCACGGCGGAGUGCAUUCUAAAUACGAAUUCAUGUUGUUUCAAUUUGCUUUGACCUCGUCACAUUCGUGUGUCGUGAACGUCGCCAGUUAGUUUGUGUUGUUGUGUGGCCGAGGAUGAACGAAUUUAUUGUCUUCGCGGUGCAUUUGCCAGCUAGCGAACCCAUCAAACAGAACGGGAUUUAUUUAUAGUUUUUUGAUUUGCAUGGCUUGCUGUGUAAUCGAUAUCAGUGCGGGGUACAAAAAUCGAUCAAAGUGUGCCUUGACAAAGGUGUGUCAAAAGAGGUUGUGUGCUGCAGGACCGGAUUACGUCAAGUGGGUGGGAGUGCCUCCCGGGGCCUAGCCUAUUUAGUUCGAGCUCGUUGAUUGAUGAUUGCGGCGUGAAAGUCGGUGACGGAAGCAAGUGUCGCACUGCGGUGAAUUUGAAAUUCUGGAAAUGUGUGAAAUAUUUCCCGCGGUGGAUGUUUAUCGGUUUUGCCAACGAUACGAAUUCUUCCUGCGGUAAAUAGUGUCUCGAUGGAUGCAAUCUGUUUGAAAUAAAUUUGAUGCAAUUCAGCAGUCUUCCGAAAUAACCAAAACCAAGAAGACUACGUCGCGUUAAAAGUUGGUUUCCAAAGAUAGUUUCUCUGACUUCGUUACGUGUGAUUGAAGAGAAGUCGCGGACGGGAAGAGACAGAGAGAAGAGCUGCUAAACUAUUCACGAAACGGCUAAAGGAAAAGUAGGCAUCCGGUCACGAAGGUUGAAGAACCCAACCAAAAUAACCUGGGCCGAGUGUGAGUGAAGCGCGGAGGAAGAUUUACACACAUGUGCGUACGCCCACUACGACGAUUGGAAGUUUGGGACGUUGAAGUCGUGUUGUUUACGAACAAGUCUGGAGAAAACGCAAGUGAAGAAUAAUAGCCUUAAAAAAAACUAACGUCGUUUGUUUAGAUUGAAUCUCUGGUGUGUAGUGUCGCCGUACGGUUGAAAUGCGCGCGUAAAGAACCAGCGAAGACGUUGAACUUCCGAUCAGAAGGCGACGAGUGCGUGACACUGACAACAAUCAAAGUUGCCGCGCAUUUUGUUUUGAUUUAACCGUCCAGUUUCAGUCGAAUAUGGCCGCAGUUGGAGUGGCCGCCGCCACUAGUGUUGAUAGAAGUGACUUCCUUUGUGCCAGAAACUGAGUCAAGCAUAAAAAAGGCCAACUGAGGAAACCCGGCUUUCUAUUACCUUCGGGAACAUCUUAGCAAACAAAUCUGGAACAUGCCACCUUGGAUCGACCCCAUGGAGCAGUACGACAGAAGAUCAACGCGGCACCUGCCCGGAAGCAGCAGUAACAGCUGGUCAGUCCGAUCAGUCAUGUACAGUAGUAGCGGCGCUAGUAUUAAGAGCAAUAGUUCCUUAAGCACAGUAGCAGUAAGUUCGACGGCGACGUCGGGGUGUAGACUAAGAUGGGCGUUGGGGAUGGUGACCUUGUUGACAGUAUUAUCCGGCGCGGAAGCGGUGUGCGAUCCGGAGCGGUGGUGGAAUCUCGAGCGGGAAGAAUGCAUUCCCUGUACAGUUUGCGGUGAGCAGCAGCUGGUCCUGCGGCCAUGUCAGGAAUAUAUGGACACGGUUUGCGGGACGAUAGGCGAUUUGGAUAUGGAUUUGGCGCAACUGGCGCGAACGGAAGCGCGCCACGAGCAGCGUCACUGGAAGGAGGAACGCCGGAAAGAUGGACCGGACGCCCACCAGCACCGGCCGCAUCACAACUCAGCUAACCAACAACACCCCCAUCCGGGCUCGGCCAGGAAGCGCGAAAACACCGAAGAAAUCCUGUGGGAUUGGCAGGCGGCCUCGCUGCUGCUGGCCAUCAUCGGUUGUUUGCUGUUUUUCUUCGCCGCCGCCAUCAUCGCGCUGAACCAGACGCGCCAGUGGAAGCGAAUCGAGAAGCACUUUGACGCGGAUAUGGAGGCCCUUUCCGCGCAGCUGAUGAGCCAUCUGUCCAGCAUGCAGCAGCUCGAGAACGGAUCGAUCUUCCUGGAUGAUGUGCUGGUCGGGGAUCAGCGACGGUUUCACCGCAGCGGUGAACGAAGUGGAGACAGCAUCAGCAGCACCAGCGCCCUGCUCGGGGGACACCACCAUCAUCAUCACCACCACCCGAUUGAGGUGCGGUGCGUCUACAUGGAUCAGUUGCUAGACGGCAAAAGCUGCAUCCAAAGCCAGGGCCCCGGCAAUGUGUACAUCGAGGAGAACAACAACGCCGCAAACGUGGACCGUGGACCAACAACGACGCUUUCCGCGAACGGUUCCCCGUUGAACCGAGCUCGGAUGUAUUGAUUACGUUGCGGACGCCCCAGGAGCGAACAGAAACUAAUAUUUAAUUGUUUGGAUUGGAGCAGAACCGCUCCAAUCAAUGGCUCAGCACGCCACAAUGGCACAAAAGAAAGUAUUGCAUCAACUACCUGUCGAAGCGUAUCGCAAACAGAGAUCCCGUAUUUUCCUUCGUUUUAUUUUAUGAUCACAUAAAUUCUAACGUAGAGUUAAAAUACACCAAUAAACCUUGUAGAUGGACAACUGUGUCUGUGUAGCAAUUAGAUAAUGUGCCUUGUUUCAAAGGAAACACUAACCGCUAUAUUGUAGAAGUUUAGCAAACGCACUAAAAACCGUGUCAAGCGUGUAGCCCCCCUUUGUAGGACGUUUUUCGCAAAACGCUUUGAUUGUGUAAAUAUAAUAUUGUAAAGUUUAUUUUUUUUCUCUUGGCUGCACUGCUGCCAACGGUAGCAAUAACAGUUUCAAACACUGACGGUAGCCGGUAGCAACGCAAAAUGAAACUUAAAAAUAGGCACGCGCACGGGCCUGCUUUGAUCCGUGUUUAUCAAAGUAAUAAAUUCCUUCUUCCGAAUCCGAAGUAA